GUUGCGGGGGCCGUGCGGGGGCGGUGCGGGGGCGGUGCGGGCAGUGGCCCCGGGGUGUGGCCGUCGGAAGGUACUAAAUCGUGCGGCGACGGCCCCUUCUUUGCCGCUGCGUAGGAGCAGAGUCCUCUUGCAGCUGGAGGGCAGGACAAGAAGAUGACGGGAAGAGCCCGAGCGAGAGCCAGGGGGAGACCUCCCAGACAGGAGGCUGCUGGACCUAUGGCAGGAGAUCCAACUGUGGCACUGGAUCUGCCAGGUCAGCUGGGUGAGGCUCGGCAGCCCCGGCGGGUCAGUGUUGAGUCACAAUCGUCGGGAGACCACGGAGGCCACGGACGACUGAGGGGCUUUGGGAGCGUUCAUCAGGAGAGAAGGCCAGAAGGAUUACGGGUUUCCUCGGGACUCCAGGAUUUGUGUUUACGAGAGAGGGGUGGCCGUCGGAGGGAUUACCAUGACCUGGGGGUCAAUACUCGACAAGCCAUGCUGCAUGUUCAAGAAUCAAAAACUGGUACGUCAGGUAGACUGAUAAAAUUAACUUCCAACCACUAUCGUUUGACGUCUCGACCCCAGUGGGCUCUGUACCAGUACCACGUUGGCUACAGCCCCGAGAUGGAAUCGCGCCGCCUUCGAUCCGCUCUGCUCUUCCAGCACGAGGAGCACAUUGGAAGGACCCACGCCUUCGAUGGGUCAAUAUUGUUCUUGCCACAGAAACUCCGGAAUAGGGUUACUGAGCUGUUUAGUAGGACUCGAAAUGGGGAGGAUGUGAAGAUAACAGUCACUUUGACUAAUGAGUUGCCACCUUCUUCACCUACAUGUCUGCAUUUUUACAACAUCAUUUUUAGAAGGCUUUUGAAGAUGCUCAAUUUGCAACAGAUUGGCCGUAAUUAUUACAACCCUGGGGAUCCAGUCAGCAUCCCUAAUCACAGGUUGAUGGUGUGGCCAGGCUUCUCAAGUUCCAUCCUCCAGUAUGAGGAGAACAUCAUGUUGUGUGCAGAUGUGAGCCAUAAGGUUCUUCGUGGUGAGACAGUGUUGGAUGUUAUGCACAGUGUUCAUUCCCAGGUUGGAGAGGCAGGAUUUAGAGAUGCCUGUGCUAAAGAGCUGAUUGGUUUAAUUGUUCUCACAAGGUACAAUAACAGAACAUACAGAAUCGAUGACAUCAACUGGGAUAGCAAUCCAAUGGCCACCUUUAGAAAAUCAGAUGGUGCUGAGAUCACUUUCCUGGAGUACUACAAAAAGCAAUAUAAUAUAGACAUUGGUGAUCCAAAGCAGCCUGUCUUGAUCAGUCAGCUGAAGAAGAGUAGAAAUGUGGAAGGAACUGUGGUUCUAAUUCCAGAGCUGUGCUCUCUAACAGGAUUAACGGAGAAGAUGCGAACUGACUUCAACAUGAUGAAGGACUUGGCGAUUCACACCCGGCUGCCUCCUGAGCAAAGGCAACGGGAAGUUGGGAGACUUCUUCACUACAUCCAAAAAGAUGACAACGUUCAGAAGGAACUUGGAAACUGGGGUUUAAACUUUGAUUAUAAAUCAGUGGCCUUUACGGGAAGAGUUGUUCAAGGAGAAAAGAUCUUUCAAUCAGGAAACAUGGUUGAUUACAACCCUCAGUUUGCUGACUGGACAAAGGAGACCAGGGGAGUUCCCUUAAUCCGUGCUGUGCCCAUGGACAACUGGCUGUUGAUCCACACGCGGCGCAACCACGACGUUGCCAAUACCUUAAUUCAGAACCUCUACAAGGUCACCCCCUCCAUGGGGAUCAGGAUGAGCAGGCCCACCUUGAUUGAAGUAGAUGACAGAACAGAAGCUUACUUAAGGGUUUUACAGCAAAGGGUUACCCCUGACACAAACAUAGUGGUUUGUAUUUUGUCCAGUUCCCGAAAAGAUAAAUAUGAUGCCAUCAAGAAAUACUUAUGUACAGAUUGCCCCAUUCCAAGUCAGUGUGUGCUUGCUCGUACUCUAAGCAAAUCUCAGACAAUUAUGACUGUUGCAACAAAAAUUGCCCUGCAAAUGAACUGCAAAAUGGGUGGAGAACUUUGGAGUGUUGAGAUCCCACUGAAGCAGGUGAUGAUUGUGGGAAUUGAUUGUUACCAUGACACUGUAACUGGAAGGCUGUCAGUGGCAGGAUUUGUCUCUAGCCUGAAUCAGUCAAUGACAAGGUGGUUCUCCCGCUGCGUUGUUCAAAGUCGUGGGCAAGAACUUGUGGAUGGAAUCAAAGCCUGCUUGCAAACUGCUCUAAGAAACUGGUUCAAGUGGAAUAAGUGUUUGCCCUCUCGUAUCUUUGUGUACCGUGAUGGUGUUGGAGAUGGUCAGCUAAAUACUCUGGUUAAUUAUGAAGUGCCUCAAUUCCUGGAUUGCUUGAAGAGCGUUGGUUCUUUCUACAGGCAAGUAGAACCCGACAGAAGUCACAGCUCGGAGGAUUUGAGUCCAAGACUUACUGUGAUCGUUGUGAAGAAACGAGUGGGUGCCCGGUUCUUUGCAGAGGUUGGUGGAGGACUUAAAAACCCACCCCCUGGCACUGUUGUUGAUACAGUGAUUACCAGACCAGAGUGGUAUGAUUUCUUUGUUGUGAGCCAUACAGUGAAAAAUGGUUGUGUCUCACCCACUCAUUACAAUGUCAUUUAUGAUGGCAGCCAGCUGAAACCAGAUCACUUGCAGAGGUUGACCUACAAACUCUGCCACAUGUACUAUAACUGGUCGGGUGUUAUCAGAGUACCUGCUCCUUGCCAAUAUGCUCAUAAACUGGCUUUCCUUGUUGGUCAGAGCAUUCACAGAGAACCAAAUCUGAUGCUUUCAGACAGACUUUACUAUCUUUGAAGCUGAGUUAUCAGCCUUCUUCUCCAAGGAACACAGAAUUGUCUAAGGUUUUGGUUUUUUAGUUUUGUUUUUUCUUAAAAGGCAUGAACAUAGGAUAAUACGUGCAGUUAUGGAACUUAUUUUUGGGUUUGGUUUUUUUUUUUUUGGGAAGUCUUACCCAAAAUUACUUCUAGCAAGUAAGAGAGUUACACAGAACAAAAUCCAAACUUUUUCAGCUAGUAUGUUACACUUCUAAUUUUCAAAAUGCUUCAAAACUGUUGAUUCCUUGUUUUUCUUGCCUGUUAAAAUGAGGGCAAAAUUUUGUUUCCUAAACUGUUUUAUACUUUACAAAGAGGCUGUAAGCUGUUCUUGGUUUAAGGCUGCCAUUUGGGGAAGGAUUUGCAGACCAACUAGAAACUGUCUGGAGUCUCCCUGGGAGCAGAGGGGAGUGAAGUGGGGCUUUUUCACACUGGCUCAGCUGAGGAGGAAGUGCUGUGGAUGCCAGAGUUACACGACUGACAAAGGCAAAAUGAUCUCUGUCCUUUACCACAGUUGUUGGAGCACCUUUAUUAUCCAAGACUGCACUGUUCUCUCCACACAAAGGGAUGGUUUGGAUGCUGUUGGAGCAGCUGUGAGACUUAGAAUGGACUAUCCUGUCAAAGUCCUUAGUCUUGUAACUUCAUGUUCACUGUGCAGUUGUCUACAGCAAUUUCCUCCCACUGGCAUCACUGAAAGGAAUUAAAUUUCUGGACUGAUGCUAUUUAACCACAUGCUUGUUAAAUGUGAAUAAUAACUUCCAUCUGAGUGUCAGUGCACUGACCAGGUUCAGGGGGUUUUUUGUUUUUGUAGUUCCAAGCACUGGGCAGUGGCCUUGGUUUGCUUUGCAUGUCUGAGGUUUUCCUUGGUAACUGUUGAGCAGCAGCAGCUCAGUUUGUAAAGCAAGAAGCAGUUGUGUGGGUGGAAGUAGAUUUCAGAGUUUAUACCAGAGUCAAAAUAGCACACAUGGAAAAAUGUGGAUUAGUGCUGAUUUUCCUAACCAAGUUGUUGUGAAGCUUGUUCCUGUUCUCUGUGAGAUUUAAAUAAACUUGUUGCUGUAAUUC